AUGGCCCAGGAAAGCCACCAUAUUGACAUUCAGGUUUUGCAUGACCUGCGCCAGAAGUUCCCUGAAGUCCCAGAGGGUGUUGUGUCUCAGUGUGUUCUUCAGAAUAACAACAAUUUAGACGCGUGCUGUGAAUACUUGUCCCAGGUCAGUCCAGGCUACUUGUACACCGAAGAAGGAAACAUCAAUUUUUCUGACGACCCCAAUUUGACCAGGCUCCGUAAUCACAUGACCCAGCUGAACCUGGGCCUGCAGUCUCAGAAUGUGCAUGUGGCCCCAGUGCGAGACAGCUUGAGAAUGAACGGCAGUCGAACUCUGGCCCAUAGCCUGAGCGAAGGGCCCCUGCAGACAGGCCAAGCACCAAACAGUAACUUCUUUCAGCAGGAGCCACAUUCUGCUCCAGCUGAAGGGACCCCCAGUCUCAAUGUGUUCAGUGCAAUGGAGCCUUCGCGCAAACCGCAGCCUCCACAACACCUUGGACUCUACCCAAUGGGUGUCAAAGGAACAACCAUGGGUCUCCAGCAAACACCACGUUUCAACCCUAUUACUGUGACGCUAGCUCCUCAGACUGGCCGGAACACUCCUACUUCUUUACACAUACGUGGAGGGCCACAGUCAGGUCUAGGAAGUCCACAGGGUAACUCUAUUUACAUUAGGCCCUAUGUAAGUCAGUGUGGUACGACUCGACAGAACCAGCAGCAAGGAGGCAGGGCCCAGUAUAGCCCCACCUCUCAGCCUCAGCAGCAAAUCUAUCAGAUCUCUCAUCCCUCGUCCUUGUCCGGGUCUUGGUCCGGGCCUCAGCAAUCCCCUUCGUCACAUACCUCACAGCAUCACUCCCAGGGUCACCAGACAUCUCAUGUCUACAUGCCAAUUAGCUCCCCAACAAAUCCCCAAGCACCCUCCAACUUUCCCUGUGGAAGCCAAGCAUCUUCAUCUGGUGUCUCAUCUUCUUGCUCGUCUUCCUCGUCGUCCUGCUCCUCCUCCGUCUUGCCCACCACGCUCUCUGCUAUCAGCCAGUACAACAUCCAGAACAUCUCCACCGGCCCGCGGAAGAAUCAGAUUGAGAUCAAACUUGAAUCUCCUCAGAGGAGCAACUCCACCACAACAACAGCUGUGCUGCGAACAGGCGGUGGGUCCCGUUCCUCCUCCACCUCGUCCUCCUGCCCUUCCUCCUGCUCCUCCUCCUCAACUGGGGUAUCUACUGUCCCUAGCAACCCUCUAUCCAUUGGAGGCUCAGGUCUGAGCCGCAGCCAGCCCACUGUUUACAUCUCUGCUAGCCCGCCUACAGCUGCUACGACGCCUUCUGAGGAGACUUUAAUUGCCUCUGCCGGAUCUCGUUCACAACCCAAGUUUUACAUUUCAGCAAAUGCCUCCUCUAGUGAUGACGCUGGGGGUAGAAACCCUCCCACAGUCUACAUCUCAGCUAACCCUCCAUUGCAGGGGCCAUCAGGUGCGAGGAACAUUGGGGGCCAGGUGAGUAUGGGCCCUGCUUAUAUCCACCAUCAUCCGCCUAAAUCCCGGGCUUCAGUGGGAGUGGGAAAUCCGGCUUCCUCUCCACGUGUGGUGGUGACUCAACCCAACACAAAAUAUACUUUCAAAAUCACUGUGUCCCCCAACAAGCCCCCAGCAGUGUCCCCUGGGGUUGUGUCUCCUACCUUUGAGCCCAACAAUCUCCUCACUCUACCGGCAGACCAUCACUUUGCCGAACCAGACCCCCUCCAUCUCUCAGAUCCACUUUCAGCACACAAGGAGAGACCAAGCGAGCCUCGCAGACUCAGCAUGGGCUCUGAUGAUGCUGCAUACACGCAAGCAUUGUUGGUCCAUCAGAAGGCACGAAUGGACAGGCUUUGGCAUGAACUGGAGUUAAAGAAGAAGAAGCUGGAGAAGCUAAAAGAGGAAGUCAAUGAGAUGGAGAAUGACCUGACCAGGAGACGACUGGAGCGAUCAAACUCUGCCUCCCAAAUUCCUUCUAUCGAGGAGAUGAAGCAGUUGCGAUGCAAAAACAGAUUACUACAAAUCGACAUUGAAUGCCUCACCAAAGAAAUUGAUUUAUGUCAAAAAAGAGGAUCACACUUCAAUCCCAGCCAUAAUUUCUAUGACAACAUUGGAUUUGUUGGUCCUGUUCCACCAAAACCCAAAAGUACUUUAUCAAUUGUUCCUGUUUUCAUGUCCUCAGCAGACAGCAAGAUCAUGGCAGCGCAGGAGGAAGACGAGGGGAUGCAGUGGAGCUGCAGCGGCUGUACCUUCUUCAAUCACCCGGCCCUCAACCGCUGUGAAGAGUGUGACCUCCCACGGGACUUCUGA